GAGCGGUCUAUCUGCCUCUGAAUGGCGGGAGGUUUCAAUUACUAAGGGGGAGGGAGAAGCCCAACUGAAUUCGUAUUACCGAGUCUGGGCGAGCAAAACAGGGCACGCCACACUAUAACGCCUGGGAGUGAGUGGGAAUAUAUUCUGAUUGAAUACGUUGCUGGGUUCCUGGCUGUUACCGACUGAUAAGAACAUGGCAACCGGAGAUGUAAAAGCAGGAAUAAGAAAGUUAGAACAAAGAUUAAGACUUCUCACUUAUCCAAGAGAUGUGGAUUAUUCUGGGUUGGUGAAAGGAGAUCCUUCCGCGUCAUUGCCCAUCAUAAGUUACGCAUUCACUUGCUAUUCCACGCACAUUGCGGAGAUUCUGGUGUCUUUGGAUAUAGAGCUUACAGCAAAGAGUGACUUGAGGUUCAUUGAUUCCGUUUAUAAGGUUCUACGUGAUGUGUUUAACUAUAAGCCUGUGUUAACAAAACAGCAGUUCCUCCAGUAUGCGUUUUCUGAAAGGAAGAUACAGAUCGUCUGUGACAUUAUUGACUGUGUAAUGAAGAAACACAAAGAAUUCAUCAAUAAAAACAAGGUUAAACCCCAUCCAAUAAAGAAAAACAUUUCUGUUAAAGAUACAUGUGAGAUCUUUUACCCUGAAGAGACAUAUGUGCAACCACCACAAGCUGAACAAAGCCAGAAGAAGCCACUGGUGGAGCGCCACACAGGCCAUGAUCUGAACUUGCCGCCUUUGUGUACAGCUACCAGAAUUCAUCCACCGCCCAGUGAAGAAGAGACGUCUGUAUCGGAAUCUGAGCCUGAAAGCCCAUGCACACCUUUGGCUUCAAAGGAUGAGUCAACACAAAUUGAGUUACUUAAAAUCCAGAUAGCUGAAUGCCAAGAAAAACUACAAAGGUUUGAUUGGAUGGAAGAAAGAAUACAUACCUUAGAGACUGAAAUGAAAGGAAAAAUAAUUAUUGAUGAGACAGAUUGGAAUAACCUUCUUAGCCGUGUUUUACUCCUGGAAACAGAUCGACUCAUAAAUUCAAAGAAGAGAGACCUGUCAUCAGAAUUUACAGCCAUAAGUGAUGAACGCACGUCGAGUAGAAUGACAAACGAAGCCUGCAGAGAUUUCAAGGCUAAGGGGGAUAUCCACGAGAACCAUCAUCAGUCCUCUGGAUACAGUUCCUUGCUAUCUGCAGACAUAUCUCCCAUAGCUAUUGACAUAAAUCACAGCAACUUGACAGAAAAUCCAAAGGAAACGGCAAGGCAAAGGAUGGAGAGGAUUGGUAAAAUGAUGGAAGAAACAACGCAACUACUGAAAAUUUCAAGUAAAUCAUCAUAGAUUAUUUUUAUUUCCUUUUUAUUAUCAAACAAUUUGAUAUUUGGUUGUAAGCCGAUCUCUAAUAAAAUAUUUUUUUAUAUAUAA